UAUUCAUGAUAACGUAUAGAAAGAAACAAAAAUGAAGAAAUUGUUUGGAUCUAACCAACAAAGUUCUCAUGUCGGAAAGACUUUUCAAGUUGGGCGUUUCAGCCUAACAGUGGAGGAUGUUAUUGCUGAAGGAGGGUUUUCGGUGGUUUUCCUGGUGAAAUCCUCAACUGGAGGGCGUUUUGCUCUCAAACGCAUGUAUGUCAAUAAUGAAAAGGACUUGGCAGUUUGUCAGAAAGAAAUCAAAAUUGCAAAAGACCUAAGUGGUCAUAAAAAUAUCAUCCGCUACAUAGAUUCCAGCGUCUCUGCAAUGCCGAACAAGGUGUAUGAAGUACUUUUACUCAUGCAAUAUUGCAGAGGAUCUGUGAUACAACUGAUGAAUGACCGAUUGUCCAUUGGCUUCAGUGAAAAAGAGGUUUUGAAAAUCUUCUGUGAUGUGUGUGAGGCUGUAUCUCGCCUCCAUCACUGCCAGACGCCCAUCAUUCAUCGGGAUCUUAAGGUGGAGAACAUAUUGAUUGGGGAAGGGGGCAACUAUGUCCUCUGUGACUUUGGCAGCUGCACAGGAAGAGUGAUGAAUCCAGAACAACAGAAAAUCCCGCAAUUAGAGGAUGAGAUACAAAAAUACACUACUCUAUCUUAUAGAGCCCCAGAAAUGAUCGAUUUAUAUGGAGGCAUUGCUAUCACCACAAAAGCUGAUAUGUGGGCUCUUGGGUGCUUGCUGUACAAGUUAUGUUUUUUUACUUUACCUUUUGGCGAGAGUUCCCUUGCUAUUCAGAGUGGUAACUACUCCAUACCAGACAACUGUCGAUAUUCACGGGGUCUCCAGUCUUUAAUCGCAUAUAUGCUUGAAAAGGAUCCUAACAAAAGGCCAGACAUUUUCCAGGUUUCCUACAUAGCAUUCCAUUUAAUAGGAAAAGAAAAUCCAGUGCCAAACAUGAAUUCAUCCCCCCUCCCUGAUGUCAGUACUCUUCCAGUGCCUCCAUCUGAAUCAGAGGCAAAACAGAUCAAAAUGACAGGCCAGAAGACUGUUGCAUCUGGUGGUGUUGAAUCAACAACUGUGGCACCUAGGCAACGACCUAGGGGUCAGAAUGUUCCACAGACUGCAUCUUUGGGAUUGCCUAUCUCAACCACAAUAACUCCUCGUAAACGACCUACAGCUAGCAAUCCAAAUACUCCUGUUGAUGUCCAGCAGCCCACCCCUUCUCCGCAGUAUGGAGGUCAGUACCUGACACCAUCGUCCCAAUUCCCAGGUUCUCAACAACCAUCACCACAGUUUCCAGGACAGCCUCCACCACCUGCUGCUCCCUAUCCCCCACCCCAAGGCUAUGUACCACCUCUCAGCUUUGGCAGUGUACAGUAUAUCACACCGCAACAGUAUGCCAUGAUGCAGCAACAGCAACAGAUGCAACAACAGCAGCAGCAGAUGCAACAAAAUCAACAGAAGCAGUUCCAUCAGCAAAAGCUACAACAGUAUUCUCAGCCUAUGACAGAGAGCUUAGUUGAUGGUUUAAGCACCAGUUCCAGCUCCACCAAUAAUAUGCAGACAGGACAGUUGAUAGACAUUGAUGAUUUAGCUGCAAGCAGUUCUGGCAGUAGCAGCCAUAGAAGUGCCUCCGCCUCACAACUGCAAGAUACAAGCCCCCCUGCCAAUGCACUGGAGGAGGUGUUUAAGCAACCAGCAGUCCCAUGGGCCAAGUCAUCAGAAAAUAAUAAAGGAGAUCUCAACAAAGAUCUAAUUCCAUUAACUAGCCCAAAAAUAACUAGGCACAGGCGCAAUGUCAGUGAUACUUCCUUUUUGACAAUGGGAGGGAAAGGGAGUGCUUUCAGGGCAUACCAUCCUGGAGGAAGUGGUAUGCUUUGCGCACCAAAUGAUUUAAAGUCGAAAUCAGCAACCACAACUCCCAUCAGCUCUCCCCCUCCUAUAGGACAGUCACAGUUUGGUCGGCCACUUUCUACAGAUCUGGCUGAAUGGAAUCCAUUUGAUGAUAACUUUGGCAACGAAACAGAAGACAUGAUGUUUGGUGAAGAGUUUGAUAAAAUUCGUAGGGGCUCGAAUACCAGUAUUUCCAAUGUCAAGAGCCGGGAGGAUCUUGUAAUGUCAGGCUCGGAUUCUUCUGAUCCUUUUGGCAAUGCACCUUUCAAGAAAUCUGGGGCUUCCGGACAUGGUGACAGCUCAGAAGAAGAGACUAAUGUGGAUGAGCAAGAACCACGAUCCAGAGAUUUUCUUGGAGGAAGUCAGAUAAAAGCAGCAUUAGGACGCUCAAAAUACCAGCAGCUGGUAGACACAGAUGAAUCAGAAGAUCGAGAUGAACAUCCUCGAGACGACUUGAAUCUGGAGCUGGAUAGACUUAGAGAAGAUUCUACAAAAGACCAGGUGGAAUCCCUCUCUUCGUAUGCUGAAGAUGAAGAUGAGCAGGGCAGAAAUAAUGAUGUGGGUGAGAGAAAUGACUUUGGCUAUCAGGAGCUUGACGAUGAGUAUGGAUCUCGACCAGUAAAAGCAGGUAUCAGUAAGAGGUGGGAUAAUGAGGCCUUGCCAAACAUCUCUUCACAAAGUGGACAGCGAGUGGAAGGGAGAGAUGUGGCCCUAGGAGAUGUGAGUGGAUCAGGUAGUGGCAGAGUUGGUGCUGAUAGAGUAGUUGGACAUGAAUAUGGUGUGCGGCCCUUGCUGGAAGAUGAUGAGCUGCAGCUUGCAUAUGGCUUGCAGCAGACUGGUGUUUCCAAACCUCUUCCUAAUGCAGAAGUCUUGGAUUUUGUGAACACCGGCAGUAGCAUUCUGAUUUCUUCCCAGAUCUCUUCUCUCUCUUCACCUCAUGAUAACUUAGUUGGUGAUGUUUUUGCUGCUGCUCCUUUCCGGAAGAACAGCAAACGAAGGACACCUUCCAGCAUGCUGGGGACAGGUAGCUCAUCGGCCCAGCCACAGGGCAACGUCUUUGCUUUGGCCCCUUUCAAACAACGGUCUAGUGGCCAGAGCCAGGAGUCAUCAAAAACGGUAAGCCCAGCAGACAGUACCACUCUUAGCCAGACAACAUUGACAGCGCAAAGCCCAGACAGCGACAUCUUUGGCAAUGCACCUUUUGGGGGAAAGCACACACCUAGUUCUACAGCCACAGGACCUUCAUCCAACACUGUGUCUCCGCAGGCGGAGGAUUUGACGGUAUGUACUCCUGAUGAUGCUGUGACUGCUUCUGGUGCUGCUGGAGCUCAUAGCAGAGCCCUUCAUCCAAUGUCACUCAGCCCUGACACUUCCCUCUCAGCUCAUGCUUUCAUAACACCCUCCUGCCCUCUGCCUUCCAGACCUACUCAACUCCAUCAAGUGCCUGCAACUAUUCCUAAGCCUCCAUUUUCUGCAGAAGAUCCUUUUGGGGCUGUCCCUUUCAACCAUGCGGUGAAGCAAAGUAGAAAGGGGGGAAAACCAGGAAAUGCAUCCAACUUUGUGUCACUUUCGGGGCCCUUGAAGGCUAAGCUGCCUCUGAGUGCCAUUGAGAAGUCAGUGGAGAUGGCGAAGCAUGUUGGAUCUCAGGGAGACUGGGUGCAAGAGGCCAGGGACACAUUUGAACUUGACACCCAGUACACAUGGAAACAAACAUCUGAUCAACUGGCUGAAGCAGAAGAUCAGAUACCGAUGGUAGACAGCGCAGAAGUGAGGGAUUCUGGCCAGUACCAGCGACUGAAGACUCGCAACAAGCGGACCAACCGAGACAUUCCCAGCCGCGAUGUUUCCAGUGCAGCUUUCUCCAACAUGAGUUUCAAUGAUGAGGACGAAGGAGAGCUUGACUCGCCUACCCAGGAACAGGGGAAAGAUCUUUCAUUGAUGGGGUCUGGGGCACACCCAGCUAAUAUGGGGGCUUCCCACUCCAUCCAGAACUUGCACAUCUCCAGUAUCCGACACCCAGCUUAUGCCAAAGGCAACUCUCCACCAGUCGUCACCAAUGCCUCCUCAGAAUCCCUUAAAGUGUCUUCAGGUGGUUACGACUGUGGAACAUGGCCUCGCAAACAUAAACGCUUGCCUCCAGGGGCGACUGCUGAGCCGUUCACUGUGAAAAAGAAAUAAAUAUUAUCAUGAGAUGUUUGCCCGUUACACACCCAAUUCUAGAGGUGAGAACUUCCUGAGGUUUUGUGGUUUAACUCGGUCAUCUUCUCCAUAAAAGCCGAGACCAAAGUUUUAUUGUGAUUUGGAUGCGUUUUUUGUGAGGUGAUGGCAUAACAGAUUACUUGAUCUGAAGGCUUACUUAAUGGUAUUUAACAUCCAGUCAAAUAAUAUGGAAUCUGUUUUCUCAUGGCAGAAGUGUAGGCUUCUCAACAGUUUUGUGAUUUUAAGGAAAUGGUUUUGUGGUGAUGUUUUCUUCUUUUUAUGAAAAAUGGCUGCUUAUGAAAUGAACUGCUAGCAAGACGUUUUUAAUGUUCCUCUUUCAGUAUACAUUUAUUUUUUAGUGACACUAAAGUGACUAGGUGUUUAGCUUUCUGCAUGAAAUUAUUUUACUUUACCAUUGUUUAGGUGUGAAGAACUGAUAAGAAAGCAACUUUCAGCAGUAUUUUUUUUUUUAACCAGGAAUGUUAAAACAUGGACAUAUUUUGUCUGUUGAAAAUGGUAGAUUUUAUUUUCAUUUUUAAUCAAAAUUACAGCAUGGUGAAGUAUUGAGUCACUGAGGCAGAGGGCAGAAACUAAUGUUAUACUUAAAAUUUUAACAUUAGCUCAUGAGCUGUAAAUCAUAAAAACGUUAAAAAUUUUACCCAUAACCUGUCAUCAUCAAUGCUUGAGAGUUACAUGUGGUUUCUGCACAAUUUGCAGAACCAAGCCAUAGCCAGUGGUUGUGACUAAUUCAGAUCUUUGCUUUAGGAUAUUUCUCUUGUGGGAAGGUAAAUAUAAAGAGAUACUCAGGCUGUAUUGCCCAUAUGGAAGGCUCUGAGUGUCCAUUUUAUUAGGGUGAGUCUUAAUGGCAUUUUAUUGGGUUGGGAGUGUAUAAGUUCAUGCUGUUGAUAUUGUUGAAAGUUAGCAAAUGUAUUACAUUUAGUGUGGGUUCUUAUGUUGGUGGGUUUUUUUUUCGGAGAAGUAGAAUUUUGCAUUACAAAGUUCUUAAAAUUCUUCUUUCUUUUUAAGCUUUAUACUUCUUUUAAAAAUUGUUUCAUUAUUUAUUGUUGAGUGUUAUGUUUUAUGGCUAUUAUUCAUAAUGUUCUAGACAUAACAACACAUCAAUGCUGAAGAGAGGAAAUCUUCGCUAUUAUUUAUCUGAUGUGCACUAUGAUCUAUCAAAAAAAGCCUGCAAUUUCUGAAAUUAUUAAAAUAGGCAAAUUUAAUCAGCAGUAUCUUUGUUUUAAAAAAUUAAAUGAAAACAAUACUGUUGAAGCCACAUAUUGCUUUAGAAGUAAGUGUAGAAUGCACAAUUGUCCUCACGGCAUUAAAACUGUCAAAUGGUAUCAACAUAGAGAAUAGCAUGGUCUUGACUGGUUGCAAGAAACCCACGAUUUUUUGAAGCAUGAAGCAUGUGGAAACAUUUGAAGUGUUGAAACGCUCUUCAUGAAAGUAUGCACAUAGCAAAUCUAGCACACAGACUGUGUUCUUAAUCAUAUAAGUGUGAGCAUGUGUCUGUGUGCUGUGCAGUGUGUGUUCAUGUUUGUGUGUGCGUUCAUGACAGUGCAUUUAAAGCCUAUCCUAAAAAGGUAUGCUCAUGUGCCUGUAUGUAAAGUGCUUUUAUGUUGGGGACAGUCAACUUAUAAAUCUGCUUAUUAAAUAUAGUAUACAAUACAUGGUAGUCAGUUUAUCAUACAAAAAGGUACGUGUGCACUUAUAUGUAGGUGUGUAUGUGCAUGGGUGUAGGCAUGGGAAUUCACAUUUUGUUUUGGUAAGACUCCGUAUCUUGGUGGUUAGUGUGCUACCAGAAGCAAAAAAAAAAAAGGUUUGAGGCUCGCUAUAGCUUGUAGUUGGAGCCAACUGUUAUAUUUCUUCACAACCUGACAGUGUCUGAAUCGCUGGAGAUGUUGUGUCGGUAGAUGUGGAUCUAUCUAUCUAUUCCUCUUUGUGCAUCAGGUUGCACAUAAGGCCUCAACCAGAGUUCACCACUGAUGUUGAUCAGCUGAAACGCGCCCUAGGUGACCCCAUGUCCAGCCCUUUCCUUUCAUCUCCCUUUCAACUGUUCUUCUCCAAGUUGGUAGAUGUGGAUGCCCCUGAGAAAUUCUUGUGAGCACUAAUCUUUAAACAAACUCUCAGCAGAUCCCUCAUUCUCUCUCCUACUUUCUUUUUCCUUCCCCUCACUCCAUACAUGAAAGCAAUCAGAAGCAAUGCAUUUUGACUGAUUUUUGUACUAUGUAUGAGCAGUUAUCUUUUCUCCUUUUGUCUUUCAUCGCUGUUGUAUGCCUGCAUGUACUCACACAGAGAGAGAGACUAGCAAUAGAAAUUUGAAUUUUUUAGAUGUUAUGGGGAGUGAAAGAAUCAUAAACAAGAAUGUGAAAUUCUGGAGAUUCUAGCUGUUACUAAGAUACUGACAUGCUGCCUCUUCGAUUCCUUCUGUAUAGGCAAAUGAAAAGGAUAACAUUUCUGUUGUUCCCUUUUUGUCAGUUGUGUGAUGACCAUAGGCAAUGAUUAUGCUGAUGACCAUUGUUACUCAAUUUUGUUCACAAAAUUGGAAUGUGUGCAUGUGGUUAUAUAUAUAUAUACACAUCAGCGUAGGUGUGGUGUUUUGCAAGUAAAGCCAUUUUUUCGAGUGUAUUGUGAUGAUGGUUGUGGUGUGUCUUGUAACAAUGCACACUACAUUUUAAGCCUGCACUGUUAUGAACUGUCAUUGUUUUGGUUAACUUGACAAAAAGUUUGUUCUCCUGUUGAUCUUUUUUGAAAUAGUGCCGAUUCAUAUUGUGAUAAUUUAUAUAUGUAAAAACGUGUAUGCAAAUUUGGAGGUGGCCAUAAACAUCACUUUGAUAAUAUUGGAGGUAUACUUAAUCUGCUCUCUGCUUUCAACCUUCAGUUUUUGAUAAACUUCUUUUUCUGUUGAUACAUUUAGUCAUGUUUCUUUUGCUUGAUACAUCAGUUGCAUCUUGCAUAUUUCAGUCAACAGACCUGAAAAGUUGGAUUUAUUUUUUAUUUUUAUUUUAUUUAUUUUGUUUCAAGGCGUGGAGAGUUUUUAUUUUUAUUUUAAAAAUGGCCAGAAAAUGCAGCACACAACAGGUUUUGAUUUUGGAUGCAACACCUAGUUUACACAUGACUGUCAUUUCUAUGCUUCACAGAAAUGCAGAAAGAGCUUCUGCAGCAUGAUUUCUUGGGCUUCUAUCACUUUUUAAUCAGACAUGCAGAGAGCUGAAGAACGAUAUUUUUUUUAAGGUGCUGAAAAACAGUUCUUUUUUUGAGGAGGUUGAGAAGAGUGUGUAUGCUGUGCUUUUUCAUCACACAGAUUCUCCCAUGUUUUUCUAUGGUGCCUGACAGAUACAUUUUCAAUGCUGGUUAUGUGUACAUAUUUCCUGAUUUAUUCCAUUAUUUGCUAGUUUUUCACUUUCUUUAACCUUCUUAGAAAGUAUAUGUGAAAGUGACAGCAUGAAAUUAGAAAGAGCAUUUUAGCUUCCUCUUAAGCUAUUCUUGAGUGUGUUUUUUUUAAAUUUCUGUGCAAAUCAGCCACCUCUGCAUUUAACUUUUCUCUUUCUCUGACAUUCAUCUUUUGCACAAUGCUCAUCAACAUGCUUGUUUUUUAAUACAUUAUAUGAUUUUGUUGAUAAACUUGUUAAGAGCUUCACCUGGUUUGUCUUGUGAUGCCUGCACCUGUCAGUCUCACUUUGUUUCUUCACUCCCAUUUCAUUCUCUCUCUCUUAGUGCAUGCAUGUUUUGCUUGUGUGUGUGUGUGGGUUUUUUUUUUUUCAAGGCACUAGUAGUUCUUUUUUUUUUGGUAUAUAUAUACAUGUAUAGGGUGCAUAUUUGAAUAAAAUUUUAGUGCGUAUCUCCAUACAUUUUUUAAUAAAAUGCUCUGUUAGUAUAUUUCUUUGCUACAUUCCAGAUGUACUAGAGAGAGAUGAAACAUCUACAUUCUAAAGUUGUGCAUGUAGGGCAGUGUCUAAGAGGAAGUUGUGAUACUUUAUGACAUUAUACUGAGAUAGCAACAGGGUGUGUAGCCUAUCCUUCUGUUAUUAUAAUAAAUCUUUUCAUAGACUUUUUUGUACAAAUAUGUCAGUCACAUGGUAUGGGUUUUAUUAGGCCAUCAUUGUAUCGUACAUCCAUAACAGAAAAUAACUGUUCAGAGCAGAUAUUUCAAAUCAAUAAAGCUGUUAUAGUUGUUAAGGAAUGCAAACAAUUGUGGAUUUCCAAGACAGAAUACAAGGACUAUUAAAAAAUAGCAUUAGACAUAACAUUUAUUCUAUUUUGUGCAUGUAUCAAGUCCACACUGUACCUUUUUCUGUGAUUCUUGUAAAGAUUUUGAAAAUUUGGGUGAAAAAAAGAUAUGGGGAUCGUUUCAUGUCCUGGGACAGUAUUUGUUGUGCUACUGAAUGCUUAUGCAUCAGCUUUCUGCUUGAUUUUUUUUUUUUCGGAUCACUUUAGAAUGCUAUGCUUUAGAACAUGUAGAUCAGGAUAUCAAGGCUGAAAUCAGAGUUUUAACCUAUGUUUGCCUGGAGAGAUGAGAUGGGCAGCUAUGCAUUCAGCUGUAUUACAAGAAAUACUGACUCGAGUGUAUGUAUAUCUGACAUAUGUUUUAGAUGUCACAGUCAGGUGUGAAGAGAGAGAGAAAGAGUGUGUGGCUGUUUAAUAUUAAUAUGCAGUUCAUUGUUGUUGGAGAUUUAUGUAGAUUUCUAAAAGAAAAGCUUGUCAUCUUUUUCUUUGACUGAUAUUAUAGGAAUGGCAAGAAGAAUGAGGUUUAACCAAACAGUUUGAAAUCAGUCAUGAUUCAUGUCUUAAUGUCUUCAAGAUUUGCCAUUUUGAUAGGACAAUCUCCUGAAUUUCUUUCACAAUGGUGAAGAGUUGCGCACAAGGUUAAGAUCACCCCAGAUGUCGUAUGUAAUUUUACUGUGAGUUCCUUAUCUCACUAGAAGUUUCAGGUAAAUUUACUUUGAGUUCCUUAUCUCACUACUAGUUGUAGAUAGUUCCAUUCUGUCUCACUUGAAGAUUAAAGUCGGAUAGUAGGAAGUCUCAGUUGUUAUGUUUCAUGAUCUCACAUGACUUGGCAAAGGCAUUUCAUUUUUAAAGAAAACCAUUCAAACCUCAUCCGUAGUAUAAGCAACAUGAAACAUGAAGAUAUUAAUAAAACAACAUCAAAGACCAUUUAAGAUUCAUAUAUCACAAGAUAAUUUUAGACUUCCAGCAGCAAAUUCAGCACAUGAUUUGUAGACAUAGUAAGCUUAAUGCGAUUCAGCUGUCACUGAAGCAGCUAUCCAUGUUCUUUCAAUAAAAGAAUAAGGAUUUAUUUAAAAUAGUACUGACAUUUUAGUCUUAUUAAUCCUCAGCAGCCAUGCAUGACGUUAGACUUAAAAACACACUACCCUCAUCCCACCGCAUACCACAUUCACCUGCUGUUGUUCAGGGUUUUUAAAAAAGGUGUGAAGGAAGAACUACACAGAUGCAAUGAAGUAGAUGAUAAUAUCAGAUGUGAAGUCACAAACAUGUUUAUCUUCCUGCAGGGUGCCUGGCUAGUGGGAGGACUAGAGAUUUGAGAAGUUGAGUGGAGUCAUCAGUAAUCAUUGUCUUCAUAUUUAUUUCAGAUUUUGCUGAAACCCAACUCGCAAUCACUAACCUCAGAAAUGUGCUCUGCUUUCAAUUUUUUGAAAAUUAAUUACAUGUGUGUUUACAUUUUUGCGACAUAGAACCAAACGGUGCCUGUCAGCAUUAUUUUGUACAGUAAUUUUGAUCUUCCAUUAGUAAUGGGUAGUAGCAUUAGUAGACACAACUGGAAAAGUUUUGUGUAUUAUUUAUUGAUAAGCACAAGUCACUAAAAUUUUUCCAAGAAAUGAAAGGUUGUACAAAUUAUAUCCAUGCUAAUGGCAUUGUAGUUAGGCCGCUGGCAUUGUAUGCUUGCUCUUGACUGUUCUUGGAAAGAAAGUGGCUUAUCAAAACUACUUGUUCGGGCUUUUAUGGUUUGUGGUGGUCUCUGCGUCAAAGCUAACGUCUCAUGAUAAUCUCAUUUAAGGCUCAGAGUAUUUUGUGAAAUAACCUGCAUCUGAUUGUUUGUAGUAGCCAGUGGAUGCAACAGUAUCUGUGAUUGGGGCCAGUGAUUUGAAAAGAAAGUUUGUCCUUAUUCCAUUUUCAUUGUUGGCUACAAAGCUUAAACGUUCCUGUAUCUUAGUCACAACAUUUGCUUCUUGUACUUCUGUGUCAAGUAUUUGCACCAUGACUUAUAUUGUUGGCUACCAUGGAGGAGGGGGUGAGUUGCAUACAUGAGAAAGAGUGUACUUCUGCACAACUAUGUAUAACAUACCUGUCACAAAAUGUUUAUUAGCGUGCAUGUAUGUACAAAAGCCAGAACUAUUUAAGACCAAGACUGUUUUGUUUAUGUUCCCAGUAAACUUCAGUAUUGCAAUAAUGCACCCAAGGCCUAAACAGACGAUACACAAUUUUGUGGUGUUGCUUAUGAGACAUAUCUUCUGUUGUGUGCAUUAUUCAGGCGGCUUUUAUAUGUCCAUUCCACUUGGUGUGGCAUUUCUCUACCUAAAACUAACAUUUGUGACCAACUUGUGCAUAGACAGUGACAGAAGUAUGGGCUGUAUGCCUGUUAAAAUGUAGGUGUCCUCUUUUUUCUUUGUCUCCUCCUAACCAGGUGAUACACAGGUCAGCAUAGCUAGUUAGUAAAUGUGCAAUGUUCUUGUACAGUUUUAGAUGGUAGGUAUGAAAGAAAUGUAUGGAAUUUUCACUUCAUUUUUAAAUUAAAAAGAUGGUAAUGGAAAGUUUGUACAAAGCAGAAUUCUAGCACAAGGGGAGGCUCUGUGCUUGUUACACAGUGUGGAUUGAACAUAUUUGCAAUAGCAAAGAACAUCCUCAUAUAAAAAUAUAUAAUAUCAUUGUAACAUGUAACAUGGAAGUGAGCACAAUGUACUUUACAAGGAGCAGUAGCUAAUGAAGCUGGAUGACUGAGAAGGGUGUCACAAUCAGGCAAACAUACACACUUUCCACACUUAAUACAGUUUCUAAAACAGUAAAAUAUACUCACACAUAACUGUACUCAUGUUAUUUUUCAAAAUAAAGUCACAAUCCAAAGUCAAACACAAGAUGCCAAAAAGCAGUUCAUGUGCUAUAGUAGUGUUGAUAUGCUGUGCUAAAAAAAGGAAUGUUCACACUGGAUCACACAAUCUUCACAGUAUAAAAAUGAUUUGUUCCCUCAAGUUAUCUAUUAUUUAAAUUUAUAGGUUGUGCAGGCAUUUCCUAUGAAGAUUUUCUGAUCUGUAACCUUAAAAUUGAUCUAAAUAUUAGUUAACACCGCAUUGUUAUUUGCACCAUAUGUAAUUGUGGAACAUUCCAGGUGUCAUGCAAAAGUGUCUUGUUUGGAUGAGCAUUUAGUAUGAAUUUUUUGUUGCCAUUGUCAACCACUCAUCUUGAACAUCCUCCAUUAUCAUUUAUCUGAAAAUACAGAUGAGAUUGCUGUGUUGUUUAGAACUACUAAACAAAGCAUAUUUUAGUCAGAAACUGCCAUUUUUGUGGAAAUGCUUAUGAUAAACAAUAAACAUUUCCAUUUAAUUUUGAAAAAUUCUUUUUCUUAGCUUGAAUUUAUUUUGGUAUCAAGUCAGACUAUAAUAAUAAUGUAUAAGAGUUAUCGCAUAGAUAUUUCAGAAAAAAUAGAGAAACAUUUCUCUUUCAAUCACACUAAACUCAAAUUAUUUUGUUGGUUCUUGACAAAGUUAUAAUUAUUACUUAUAAUGGGUACAUUUUGCAUACAUACCUGCUUGCCAGACCUUAUACUAAGUCCCAUUUAAAGUACCAGUACAUUUACAGCUGCCAUUGAGAGGACAACACUCAAGUUUCCUUUAGUUGACUGCUCUGUAAUUAUCUUUUUACCAGUUUUCUUCAUAACGCUUUCCUCACUUUUUAUAGCUACACACUCCAAACUUUUUUUUAAGUGCUCUCAAUUAGACAAGUAAAUGCAGACUUUGAGAGUGAAAAUACUUUAGAACUUUGAGGCUUACCAUAUUACGGCUGAUGUCUUUAUCAUGUUAGCCUGCUUACAAAGAGCCCAUAAUCCAAAGAAAGCUUUCUUUAAGAGAAUUUUUUUUUCCAUCGUAAGUUGAAACAGGUGUCUCUGAUGAAGUUUAUAUUUACUCAAAUGGGUAUCAACUGGAGCAUAGCAAAAUUUCAUGGAAGCUGUUUGUAAUGGUGCUGAAAGUGUUAAAUCUGUGGUUAUAAAUCUAUGAUUCCACAUUCUGUUGGAGAAAUAUGCUUAGAAAAAUGCUCAUCUUUGCUUAACUAAAACAUUUAUUCAUUGAAAUUAUUGAUCUGUUUUAUCUUGCAAUUAUCAUGCAGGUCAUAUAGGUAUUGCAAACUGAAUUUUCAGUUACAUUAAAGCGGAUAGGUAUGAUUAAAGAGAACAUGCUUUUUGCUUUUUUAGGUUACUUUUGCAUUUACAAAGCAAAAUGGCAUAGCUUUGACAUAUAAGGAAGGAUUCUGAGACAUUUCUGUUUGGUGGCCAUUUUUCUUCAAUCAUUUGUAUAGCGGUUACUUUUGUAAACACUAACAUAACUCUUUGUCAAUCAAAAGUUUUCCAUAAACUGUGAAAUUUGAACUAUAAAGAGAAGAUUGGCAAGUUUGCAAUUAAUCUCCACUAAACUGGUUUUUAGCGUACAGAAAGCUGCCCCUAAGUAAAGAAAAUACAGAGAUCUGCGUCAUUUUGAUCCUGCGAGUUAAUUCCUACUUAUUUACUUGAAUUUCAGCUUUGUAUUUUGGAAGACCAAAUAGCUGUUCUUAUUAUUGAAAUAAUUAUUAUGCUUUUAAUGUUUUAUGCUAGCCAUGCUGUUAUUAAUUUUCUAUGAAGUGGUUUUCUUUGAGAUUAGGUAUUCUUGUUUUAGUAAGAUUUUAGUAUUUUGCAUUUGAAAAUAUUUGAAUCAGUCAGAUCAAUGAUCUUGUAUAUAUCUGAUAAUUCAUGCAGAUGAUAAUUGCAUUUUUCCAUAAAUUUGAACACACAUUUCCCCCUUAUUUUAAAAAGAAAAGUGAUUGAGAAUGUAAAGUUUUCACAGGGUUAACACUCAUUUUUGGACUUGUGUUCCAUUUCAUGGUUUUGAAAACCUGAUGCUUAAAUACUUGGGCAUAAUGCCACACACAAAAAAAAAAAACUGCUUUGGCAAUGGUUGCGUGCUUUAAGUCGGGAUUUAUCGGACUGGCUUAAUCUUUAGUUUUAAACUGUCACAUGCAGGGCUAUUGGUCAUAUGGAUGACUUUGUUUGCAAAUUUGUUAACAAGGUAUUUGAAUCCUUUAUCUCCUGUGACUAUUGGGUUUGUACGUGUGUGUGCGUGUGUGGGUGAGGUGUAAAAUUUAACCACUACAGACCAUAGAAAAGUAUUAUGUGUUGCUUCAGGAGUUGUCCCCUUCUUUCCACACAUGAUGUUAGACCUAGACCUUGGCAUUCAUGAUUUAUAAAAUGUUAGAUUUGUGCUUCUUGCUGCUGCUGGUGACGAUGAACAAAUUAUCACUGCAUUCCACCCUUUAUAUGUGCUGAAUUCUAUAUGCUGUCCUCCUUACUGUCUUCACAACUCGUGGUAUGCUAUCUCUGGCACCUUUUCUUCUAUUGCCUUUGAAGAAAAUUUCUUAAAAGAAGAUGAUUAAAUAUUCAGCACAUAUGUUGUACCAGCACCAAA